CCGUGAUAGCCUUCUCCCGAGUAGAGAGACGGAGGGAAAAGAUGGCCGCAGCGCUCCAUCUCUGCGGACUCCAAUCCUUCUUCCCCCUCCGUACCCGUCCCUCUCCCAAGUCCUUCCCCUCGUUUUCCUCUUCUCUCCCUUCUUCUUCUUCUUCUUCUUCUCUCGCUCUUCUUUGUCGCUCCGCGUUCCUGCGCUCCUUCUCCUCCUCCGCCAGGCGCCGCCCGUCCGCCACCGCCGCCUCCUUCGUCGUCUCUGCCGCCCUCGGGAAGCUCUCGGAGACCGAGCUCGUCCCCGUCCCCAAGGGGCCCGAGGGGUUGGAUGGCAAGUUCCCCUCUGCCGCCGGCGUCUACGGGGUCUACGAUGGCGACGGCGGCCUCCAGUUCAUCGGGAUCUCUCGGAACGUCGCUGCCAGCAUCGCCGCCCAUGCCAAGUCGGUCCCCGACCUCUGCUGCGCCGUAAAGGUGGGGCUAGUAGAUAAUGCUGCACCUGACCGGACAGUGCUGACCAGUGCCUGGAAAUCAUGGCUGGAAGAGUACAUUGCAGCCACUGGGAAAGUCCCUCCAGGCAAUGAAACCGGAAAUAACACUUGGUUCCGGUUGCCACAGAGGAAACCAGACUUGCGUUUGACACCUGGUCGCCAUGUUAAGCUCACAGUCCCACUGGAGGAGCUGAUCGAUCAACUGGUUAAGGAGAACAAGGUUGUUGCAUUCAUCAAGGGAUCAAGGAAUGCUCCACAAUGUGGCUUCUCACAAAGGGUGGUGGGGAUAUUGGAGUCCCAUGGUGUGGAUUUUGAGUGUGUGGAUGUCCUCGAUGAGGAGCAUAACCAUGGGUUGAGGGAGACGCUGAAAAAGUACAGCAACUGGCCUACUUUCCCGCAAGUUUUUGUUGGAGGGGAGCUUGUGGGAGGAUGUGAUAUUAUUUCCUCCAUGGCAGAGAAAGGGGAGCUCGCUGCACUGUUCCAGAAGUAGUACCUUCUGUGGUUGAGAGAACCUUGAAGGCUUGAAUUGCAUGUAUCAUUGGGAUACAGAGAAGGGUGAGCAGGCCAGAGGUGAGCACGAGAUAUGGAUGUUGAACUUUUGAUCUCAACAGUGGUGACCUGGCUUGAACUUGCUGUCCUUGUGUAUCUUUACACUCAGGCCUCCUCGUAAGUCAGCAGUAUGUAUCCUGAACUAAUUCAACUCAUCAUCAUUCAUUGGGAUUAUGAAUUAGCAUAAUAGGGUCCGCAUGACACCAAUGUUACAAGCACUGGCUAUCUUGUAUGCCAUUUUGGAUGAUAUAAUGCACUACAUUAGUAUAUUCAUGUUCAACUUAGAUCUUCCA